AUGGCGUUGCUGUGCUACAACAAGGGCUGCGGGCAGAGGUUUGAUCCCGAGCACAACGCCGAGGAUUCCUGCCAGUACCACCCGGGCGUCCCCAUCUUCCAUGAUGCCCUGAAGGGCUGGUCCUGCUGCAAGAAGCGCACGACGGACUUCUCCGAGUUCCUCUCCAUUAAGGGAUGCACAAAGGGGUUCCACAGCAAGGAGAAGCCCCCUGAGCCUCUCCAAGAGGAGAGCUCAGACAAGCCGAAGGCCAAGCCAGUGGCGGAAUUCAUCAUCCAAGGACCAAAAUCAGCUGAGACGAUGCAGCGGGAAAGACCAAGCUCUGAUGAGCCACGACAACUGCUGCCAAUUAAAGUAUCCAGGUCUCUGGAGCAGGCGCUGGAGAAACUGAGCCUGUCCCCCAACGACAAGGUGCCCGAGGGCGGCUGCACAGGGGAGGUGGCUGUGCAGGUGAGAGCCGGCACCACCUGCAAGAACGCAGCCUGCAAGGCGGUCUACCAGGGUGCAGAGAGCAACGCAGAGGUUUGUACUUUCCACCCUGGUGUUCCUGUCUUCCACGAGGGGAUGAAGUACUGGAGCUGCUGCGGGGUCAGAACCACAGACUUCAGCGCCUUCCUGGAGCAGCCGGGCUGCAGCACCGGGCGGCACUGCUGGACGGGGAAGGCGGACAAGAAGGCGGUGUCGUGCCGACAGGACUGGCACCAAACCAGCAGCCAAGUGGUGGUGACAAUCUACGCCAAGAACCCCCUGCCCGCCCUCAGCAGCGUGAAGGCCAACCGCACCGUGCUUGAGGUUCACGUCAUCUUUGAAGGGAAUAAGAUUUUCCAGGCAGAACUCGAUCUCUGGGGGGUCAUCGAAACGGAGAAGAGCUUUGUGAGCAUGGUCCCUACCAAGGUGGAGAUCACGCUCUGCAAAGCCAGCCCGGGGCCCUGGGCCAGGCUGGAGCACCCCCAGAGCAGGGCGUGCUCCCAGGGGGAGCCGGAGAAGGCGGCUGCCAGCACGGAGGAGCCGGAGGAGGACUCUGACGACAGCCUGAGCUGGUCGGAGGAGGACGACGAGGAGAUGGAGGCAGCUAACAGCACGGCGCUGCCGAGGGGCUUUGACACCAGCUCUGGAUUAGCAGCCCAAACCCAGAGCAGCAUGUAA